UACUCCCCGCCCCACUGUACUGCAAGACCACAACUCCCGGCAUGCCUGGCGGCGGGGGCGGAAAUGUGCGGAGGGGAUUGCGCAUGCGUGCCCCGCUCCUCCGAGCCGUAGAGCUGUGUGAUCCGGUGGAGAUAAAAUGAAGGAUUCUCCACCAUUGUCUACAACCACCUGUCUCACUUUCUGUCCAUCCAGUCUCUUAUUGAUCCCCCUCACUCCACUGAAAAUGACCUCACUAGAGUGAUCGCACAAACUUAAAUCGUCUCAGAAGGACAAGGUGCGCCAGUUUAUGGCAUUUACCCAGGCUGGGGAAAGGACUGCAAUAUACUGUUUAACACAGAAUGACUGGAAAUUAGAACUGGCAACAGACAACUACUUCCAGAACACAGCCUUGUACUGCAAAGAGUCAAUGAAAAGUACAGUAGAUAAAAAGAAACUAGAGCAAUUGUAUAAUCGAUACAAAGACCCUCAAGAUGAAAAUAAAAUAGGUAUAGAUGGAAUACAAUUAUUCUGUGAUGAUUUACACUUGGAUCCAGCCAGUACUAGUGUAUUGGUAAUCGCAUGGAAGUUCAGAGCUGCUACACAAUGUGAAUUCAGUAAAAAGGAGUUUGUAGAUGGGAUGACAGAACUUGGCAGGUGUGACAGCACAGACAAACUAAGGGCCCAGUUGCCCCGGCUAGAACAAGAGCUCAAAGAUCCUCUUAAGUUUAAAGACUUCUAUCAGUUUACAUUUAAUUUUGCAAAAAAUCCUGGACAAAAAGGGCUAGAUUUGGAUAUGGCAGUUGCGUACUGGAAUUUAGUAUUGUCAGGAAGAUUCAAAUUUUUAGAUCUUUGGAAUAAGUUUCUGUUGGAGCAUCAUAAGAGGUCCAUCCCCAAGGAUACAUGGAACCUUUUAUUGGAUUUUGGAAAUAUGAUUGCAGAUGAUAUGUCCAAUUAUGACGAAGAAGGAGCAUGGCCUGUUCUUAUAGAUGAUUUUGUGGAGUAUGCAAGACCGUUAGUGACGAGUGGAAAACGCAGACCUCUUUAACCAUAGACUUUUGAAAAGAACUAGUUAUGCUUUGCCAUUUCAUUAGAUAAUGAACACUGUUUUUGGCCAAUUACUGAGUAUGCGGCAGAGUUUCCUGGGCACAUGGACAUGGAAAAUGCCACUGUCUGACUUCUGCCGUAGAACAUUCUGGUGGACAGCUCUUGGACAAGAUGAAAAUAAGGACACUGGCUGGCAGUGGGAGAACUGGCUGUUUGUAGGAUGCUGGCUUCAUAUCUUAUAUUGGUUGUAUCAUAUAGGAUGUAGAGAUUGCAUGAUUUUAUACUUUGGAUCAGUUUAAACAGAGGCCAUUUUAUUGAAGAAGUCUAAGUAAAAAAUAAUUCAAAAGAGCAUGCCAUUCAGUUUACGAGCCAGAAUAAACACCAGCAGUUUCUGAACAGCUGUAUUAUAUUGUAUCUAUAUAAAAAGCAGUAUUUGUGUUAUAAAUUAAAUCUCUAAUAGAACCUAAUGGCAUGUUGUUGUUUUUGUUUUUUCUAUCGCUCUUUGAUACAAUUAUGGGAAUGGUAGUCGUAUGCCCAGAUGAUUCUUACGAAGAUAGUAAUCCGCUUGAUGGCUUGAGAUCAUAGCUAUAAAUCAGCCACCUCUUGGUUAAACUCUUCUACCUGAGAUCCAAGUAUACAAAUGAGACUGUACGCUCUUAUGGGCAGGUAUUCAUUGUGACUAUGUACAUUUAAUAAAUAUAAAUUAUAGUGUCAAUUAGCCUUAAUGUAUAACUUUUGCCUUGUUUUUAUUCAUUGUUUAUUUAAUUAAAUAUUCUUUAAAUAUAA